AUGAUCGCAUGACCGAUCCUUUGCCAAAAAGAUCGUUUUCAAUGUUUUAAGUUCAUGGGACAGGUUUGGACAGCAGCUGUGGUGCUGAUGAUCCUCACAACGAUCGUGUCACUUACUGGUGCGGGACAGACCGACCGAAUGUACGGAUCGCCGAACGUUAUGAACCGUGCAUGUUUGUUGGUGAACAAAACGUAGCGUCAGUGAAUUCGAUUUUUCAGUGAAUUCGAUUGGUGCGAUCACGUGAUUGUGCCUCUUUCCGUGUAUCUCCCUUAACAAACCAACUGAACCAAUGUCGGCAUUUGCGCAAUGGAUUAAACGCUAUCCCGUCGUUCGCGGCAUGAUCACGUACAGUUUACUAUGGCCAACGGGAUGUUUGAUUCAGCAAAAAUUGUCCGGCAAACAGUUAAAUGAAAUCGAUUGGCACAAGUGUUGGCGGUUCUUCUUUUACGGUGGGUUCAUCGUUGCUCCGUCGCUGUACUGUUGGAUACGGGUGGCUUCCAUCAUGUGGCCGCAACAGAAUCUAAAAUCGGCCAUUGCCAAGGCUUUGACGGAGCAAAUCAGCUACACGCCCAUGGCAAUGACGGCAUUCUACUUCAGUAUGAGCCUGCUGGAGUCCAAAACGGUCGAGGAGUCACUCAACGAAGUACGGGUUAAACUGUUUCCAACGUACAAGGUUGCACUAUGCAUCUGGCCAUUUGUACAAACAUUCAACUUCUCCGUAGUUCCUGAGAAGAAUCGCGUCCCCUUCGUUAGUAUGUGCAGUCUGCUUUGGACGAUAUUUUUAGCUUACAUGAAACAAAAAGAACAGAAGGAGCUUGAGGCUGGAAUAUUUGUAAAGUAAGGUUAAAGUGUUUAGUUUGUGUUUAGAGAGAGAGCACCCACAAUUGUAGUAUACUUAAGAUGAACAGAUCCCACCAAUAUUCAUUCAUAUUAUAGAAUAAAUAAAAAUAGUAAUAAAUACAACUCUUCUUCCCAGUUCGUUUACAACUCAA